GGGCACCACCUGGUGAUGGAGUUUCCUUCCCAUGCGGCCUGGCUGGAUUUCCGCAGUCCCGAGGACGAGGAGGCCGGUGCUUGGCAGAGGCGAUGGGCAGUGCUGCACUGUGGAGAACUCAACUUGUUCCAAGAUGAGAGCUGCAAGCGCCGCACGGCCCGCCUGGCGUUGCCGCGGAACUUGCGGGCGCUGGCUUUUGGCGACCCACGGGCGCCCCACCGUGCGGCCCAGUUGCGAGGGCAGCGGCCGCAGGGUUUUUUGCUUGAACUUAAUCCGCUUGAUGCUGAAGAUGAUGCCUGGCCUUCCGGAGAGUUUCGACAGCUGCUGCUGUUCGAAGCACCAGAUGAACAGCAGUUGCAGACCUGGCUGGAGCGCUUCCGGGGACAGCCGGCCACAGACAGCAUCCAGCGGCCUGCUCCAGAGAGCCAGCCGAAACUUCCUGGCAUGCCGCUGCCAGCUGAGAGGAAUCGCUUCUUCCCGAGUCCUUCGCAUGCCAGCGAGUUCGACAUCGAUGACUUUAGCGACUAUGAGGAUGACACGCAUGCUCGCGCCUCGUCGCUUCACGCCCUGGAGCGAUCAGAUUGGACUUCGCCCACUGCGCGGCGCGUGCACAGCCGGCCGCGGCGGGAGAGAGCGCCAAGCCCUAGCGGGAGGAAUGCUGACUGCGUGCAGAGAGAGACCUCAGGGGAAGAGGUGAAAUUGCGAUGCAGCAACCAUUUGGAAGUGAACAGGGUCGAGGCGGGCAACGAAGACGUUGCAGAGGUCUAUUGA